AAGUCUCCUCUUUUCUCUUCAUCGUCUCUAUUGCGCCUCUCUCUCUCUCUCUCUCUCUCACAGUCUCAGAAUCUCAGUCGCCCCCUUUCACUCUCAGCCUCUCUCGCUAUCGCCGAGCGCUUUGUCUGUUCUCCUCUGUGCCAUCUAUCAGUCCUUCUCUCUGCUUCUUCCCCUCUCCCAGCCUCCAGCCUCCGACAACAGCAGAUUCACUGCUACAAUCGCAGCACGAAUUUCAUUUGUAUCUCCCCAAAUCAAAAGUCGAACCGUAACCCCAUAUCCCAAACUCCUUGUGUCCACUGGCGUUGAACCGGCUCUACUUAGACGGGUACUCCGCUCCAGCUAAAUAGGAGUUUAAGGCAUGACAAAAGCCAGAGAUAGAACUGAGGAUUUUAAGGAUGCUGCACGCCGAGCAGCACUAAAUUUGGGAUAUGAUGAGUCGAAAAUUGCAGCGAUAAUGGCAUCUUUUAUCAUGCAUAAGUCGCUAGAAAGAUCAAUGUUCACCAAAGCUGCAAUAACAACGCUUGAAAGUAUUAGAGCAUUAGAGCAGUUCCUCUUGAAGCAUAAAAAGGAUUACGUAGAUGUACACCGAAUUACUGAAAAAGAGAGGGAUAGCAUCGAGCAUGAGGUUACAGUUUUCAUAAAAGCCUGCAAAGAGCAAAUAGAUGUACUCAAGAAUAGCACAAAUAACGAGGAAGAAAAUUCAAAGGGAUGGCUUGGUAUAAGGAGUGACAGUUCGAAUGCUGAUACCAUAGCUCACAAACAUGGAGUGGUAUUGAUCUUAAGUGAAAAGCUUCACUCGGUAACAUCCCAGUUUGAUCAGCUUCGAGCUGUACGCUUUCGAGAAGCUAUCAACCGGGUGACACCAAGAAGAAAAGUCAAGCAGAAAGGCUCUACUGUUGCAGAGAGCUCGACUUCUGGAAAUAUUGACUCGAGGGAAGUAAGCAAUGCAGAAACGAGGCAGAAAGAGAAUGGUCACGCAGAGCCAAUUAGAUUCCAGCAACAGCACUUAGAUGAUGAGACACAUGCCCUGCAGGUAGAGUUAGCAACGAUGUUAGACGCUGUUCAGGAUACAGAGACAAAGAUGGUGGAAAUGUCGGCACUGAACCACCUCAUGUCGACUCAUGUUUUGCAACAGGCCCAGCAGAUUGAAUUUUUGUACGAGCAGGCAGUGGAGGCUACAAAUAAUGUGGUGCUUGGGAAUAAAGAACUGUCACAAGCCAUCCAAAGGAAUAGCAGCAGCAGAACAUUUCUUUUGCUCUUUUUAUUUGUUCUCACCUUUUCAGUUCUCUUUCUUGAUUGGUAUAGCUGAUUUUACAUUUUUCAUUUAUACUCCAUUUCAAAUGGUAUGGCUGAAUUAGACACUAAUGAUUGCGCAUGAAUUUUAUUCACGUAUUUGAAUUUGCACACUAUUCAAAAGAA